AUGGAAAAAAAUGAAGAGAAUAGCUAUGAUAUUGCAGUGAUUGGAGCUGGCUGCAUGGGAUCUGCUUGUGCACGCCAUUUAGCCGAAUGUUACAAGGGAAAGAAAGUUUGCCUUAUUGGCCCUGAUGAGCCCACUUUACCUCGUAGUCAAAGCGUACCACGCCAUCAGAGUGGUCGAAGUGUUUUCGCUGCAUAUUAUGAUCAAGGUAGAAUUACUAGACAUCUCGAUGCAGAUCCGGUAUGGUGCCAAUUAGCUAAUCGAUCGAUACCACGUUAUCGACAAUUGGAGAAAGCUACUGGUGUCCAAUACUAUCAUGAACGUGGAUUUCUUGUCCUUGGAUCCAAAGAUGAUCCUAAAAUUGCUCAAAUCAACAAAGUAGCAGAAAUGAUUGGGUUUAACUACGAACAAUUAAGUUAUACUGAGUUAAAACGACGAUUUCCUUACUUACAAGUUCCUCAUCACUUUAUUGGAUUAUAUGAGUCCACUGAUGCUGGUUAUAUCUCUCCUCGUGGCCAAGUAGAAGCGGAAAUAAAAGCAGCUACUGAUAAUGGCUGUACUCUCGUUCGAGAGAUUGUCAAUAAGGUCAGUAGAAAUAACGACGGCGAUUAUAUAAUCAUCACCGAAACCAAUAAAGUUAUCACCAGUCGUAAAAUCGUAGUAGCAACGGGAGCCUUUACCUUAUUUAAAGAAAUUAUACCGGAUGACAUUCGCCAACGGUUAGACAUUCAAUGUGGCACACAAACUGUAGUUAAAUUACAAGUCAAUGCUGCUGACAGACAGCGUUAUAGCAACAUGCCAUGUAUGGUAUAUCUAUGCCCAGAAGAUCCGAUGCAAUACUGGUAUUCAUUGCCUCCAGUUCUUUAUCCAGACGGUCAAUAUUAUCUAAAAAUCGGUCAUGGCGGUGAUUUAAUUAAAAUAAUGCCUACUCAUAAGGACGUACUUAAGUGGUUUCAUGGCCACGGUGAUCCUAAAACUACAGAUAUAUUAACUAAAGCAAUGCUCAGUGUUCUACCCGGAUUUAAGCCAGUGUCCAUAAAACCUGAUGGUUGUGCUUAUACAAUUACACCACAUAGCCAUGUCAUGAUUGAUAAAAUAACUGAAAAUAUGGUGUUAUUAAGUGGUGGCAAUGGAUACGCUGCAAAAUCUUCUGAUGAAAUAGGUCGAGUUGGAGCACUGACGAUUACCCAUGACAACUGGCAUUAUGAUAUACCACAGGAAGCUUUCAAGUUAUGCUUUAAACUGACUCCAAAACUGUAA